AAGUGAACUUCAAUAACCAAAAUCAAUUCAGAGAGGAAAAAAAAAAGAAAAAAAUUUCCAACUAAUUUUUUUCAACUAACUUUUCUCUCUGUCCCUUCAACCAAAAACUUCUCAUCAAUCUUGAAUCCAAAAAAAAGUAAUUCAAAAUUGUUUUUUCACAAUCUGCUUUUUUUCAAGAUUUCGAGAAGUUAACAAUCCAAGUGCCCCCCAAAUCUUGUGUUUUGUUCUGUUUGUUGAUCAUAAUCGCAUUUUUUUGUAGUCACGAAUGUGAUCAUUUUGGUGUUUGAAUCAAGAAAAACUCAGUUUUUUUUUCGUGAUCUUGAAAGGUGGGAUAAAUUAUGCCAAGCAAGUUAAAAAAGGCAAUUGGUGCAGUAAAAGAUCAAACAAGUAUUAGCCUUGCAAAAGUUGCAAGCAAUACUUGUUCAACUCUUGAAGUUGCUGUCCUAAAAGCCACAACACAUGAUGAUGUACCUAUCGAUGAUCGAUACGUACAAGAAGUCAUCAAACUUGUGUCUUCCAACAAGGCCUACGCGGCUGCCUGUGCUCGUGCCAUUGGCAAACGCAUUGGCAGAACGAGGAAUUGGAUCGUUGCCCUCAAAUCUUUGAUGCUUAUUCUACGAAUUUUCCAAGAUGGUGAUCCUUACUUCCCUCGAGAGGUCCUUCAUGCUAUGAAACGUGGAGCCAAGAUUCUUAAUCUUUCUAGUUUUCGCGAUGAUUCAAAUUCUAGUCCUUGGGAUUUCACAGCAUUUGUUCGUACAUUUGCUCUGUAUCUUGACGAGCGUUUGGAUUGUUUCCUCACUGGAAAGCUUCAAAGAAGAUAUAAUAAUCGCGAACGAGAGAAUUCUAGUAGCCAUAAUUAUAGAACUACUGGUAGUAGUCGAAGAAGGGGUGAUGAGCCCGUUCGUGACAUGAAACCAGUAAUGCUGCUUGACAAGAUCUCGUAUUGGCAACGAUUGAUUGAAAGAGCAAUUGCUACCAGACCAACAGGGGCAGCUAAGACAAAUCGUCUUGUACAAAUCGCGUUGUAUGCUGUUAUUACAGAGAGUUUUGAUCUUUACAAAGAUAUCUCAGAUGGACUCGCACUUGUUCUUGAUAGUUUCUUUCAUUUACCAUAUCAAUCAUGUGUAAACGCCUUCCAAACCUGUGUCAAAGCUGCUAAACAAUUCGAGGAGAUCAGUGCCUUUUACUCCGUGUGUAAAAGCAUAGGAGUUGGCAGGACAUCCGAGUAUCCAAGCGUUCAAACUAUCUCAGAGGAAUUAAUCGAAACGUUGCAAGAAUUUCUCAAGGAUCAAUCUUCAUUUCCAGCACAUACACAAAGCAAGUCACAUUUGCUUCUUCCAGGCCCUGGUGGUGGUUCAACAAGGACCACGAGCAGUAAACGCGAUAGUUAUGGUUGUCAAUCCGAUUUUUCUAUGGCUACAGAAACGACUGAGCCAUACUCGGAGAAGAGUACUAAUUCGCGUUGCACAUCAUUAGAAGAUCUAAUAAGUGCAACCGAAACAUGGAAGAGUCCAGCUAAUAUUUCGAUUGAUUUGGAGGCCUAUUCGGAUAUUCAAUUUGAGAAGCAGUUACAUGAAAAGGAUGAUACGGGGUCUACUCAUUCGUUGCCUGUUUCAAAUUCCAUGGCUGAUCUUGUAUCCUUACCAGAUUUGCAAGAAUACGAUGAAGACUCCGAAAAAAAACAACAAGAAGAAAAGCAACAAAGACAGGAAGCUGAACUUGAACAACACCACAAACAGAAUCCAUCAUUAGAUUCUACUACUUCAGCCAAAGGAUGGGAACUCGUGUUAACUGAGGCUAUCCCAUCAACGUCUUUCAAUGCGUUCCCUGAACAACCAAAACCAGAUCAUUUGUCAAGAAAGGAAAUGAGAGCGGCAAUAACACCAUCAGCAUCUUUCAACGCGUUCCCUGAACAACCAAAACCAGAUCAUUUGUCAAGAAAGGAAAUGAGAGGGGCAAUAACACCAUCAGCAUCUUUCAACGCGUUCCCUGAACAACCAAAACCAGAUCAUUUGUCAAGAAAUGAAAUAAGAGGGGCAAUAACACCAUCAGCAUCUUUCAACGCGUUCCCUGAACAACCAAAACCAGAUCAUUUGUCAAGAAACGAAAUGAGAGGGGCAAUAACACCAUCAGCAUCAUUCAACGCGUUCCCUGAACAAGGACAAGACAAUGUGCCAACAAAUGAAGCAGAAGUUUCUUCAAGCAAUGGUUGGGAAUUAGUACUAUUCGAAAACAUUCCACAAGCACAAUCAACACAACACCCUACUACCACGAACAACAACAACAACGUUAAUAGCUUCAGUUUCGCGACUUUGGAUGACUUGUACAAUCAGAAUCAAACGCCAUUUUAUCCGAAUAAUGGCCUAAACUCACAAUUCACCCCUAGUACAGACAACUUUUUGUAUGAUCAAAAUCCAGCACCUCAACACUACAAUCCAUUUUUACAAGACACAUCAAUGGAGUUGACUAUGGUACCAGUCACAGGUGCACCUGCCACACACCCAACUAUGGCCACGAAUUCAUCGUUUACAUUUCCGACGUCUGCUGACAUGUUCACAUCAUCAGCACCAGCACCAGCACCUACAUUUCAAGCAACUCCAACUUUUAGUGCUCAGAAUCACACUACAGGGCCAAUGCAGAGUACUAAUAUGGACGAUCCAUUCGCGACGUUUUCUAGUAGUGAUCAGAUGUUUAAUGGCAUCAGGAAUGAGCAGAAUUUGAUGCAAGAACAACAAUUAUGGUUGCAGAACCAAAACAAAAUCAUAGCAAAACAUAGGGCUUGAUUUAUAUUACGUGUGUAAAAUGAAUAACUCUUGUUGUUAUGUUUUACAAAAUUGAUUUUUUGUCAUGUUAA